UUCUCUAACCUCCCCCGAGACUCUCUCACCCGAUCCCAAUUUCUCUCCCUGACAUCCUCAAAAUCCACCUCUCUCUCUCUCUCCCUCUCUGGACCCUGGAGGAGGAGGAGAGGAGACGCCGAGGCCAGAGCGGUGCAAAGGGUUACCGGAGGAUUUCAGGAGCCAAAGAUUUCCGAGAUGGAUUCCAUCACUGGAAACCGCGUUGGUAAUACUACUCGUCAGAAGGGUUCGGAGGCAAUCUCAUCUCUCGGGGAGGAGAUAUCCUUCCUUCUCUCCCGAUGGAACGGCCUCCAAAUGGCAGUCCAGAACCAGUGGGGUGGCCACGACUCCCUCCAGAAAUCCCACCAGCUAGCCACCGACAUCUCCUCCUGGUUCUCGCAAUCCAAAGCGCGGCCGCUUUGUGUGGAAGAUUUAGAGAACUUGCUGCAUGAGAGCAUGCUAUUCUCUUUCAACACGGAGAUCGAGGAUGGUAGCAUUGAAGAGGUGGCAGAGCAGUUGAUGAUUAUGCAUGAAGAUUACCGCAUGGAAAUCAUUAGUCAUCUAAAGGGAACCCAACAUUGAAUCAGGAAGAAGAAAGACUUGAUAUCAUGUAAGAUAAUAAAA